CGGUCCUGCAAGCGUUGUUCCAGCCACCGAAAGUUUCUGUCGAGUUUGUGGAGGUAAAAAACCACGAGGAGACCACCAUCAAGGAGACCAUGAAUAAACCAGCUCAGGUUUUUCAAAAUCCGCGACCCACAGCUGCACGAGGACCAAAUGGUAGUCCCGGGAAGAAGAUGGACUCCGACCCGCAGUUGUAUUUUUGCCCCCUACCGCUUUCCCCGCUCCCCCCAGCGCGGGACCUUCCCACCGUGGAGGAAGUUUGUACUGUGAUCG